AUGGAUUAAAAAACUAAAGUCGAAGCUGAUCUAUGUGAUCAAUAGCAUAAAUAUUUUCAGCAGAGUAAGCCUUUAUAAUUGAGUUAAAUAAUAAACAUUCGAUUAAACUAGCCACGCUAAGAUGAGCGUAGAUAUCAUUCAGAAACGCUGAAACAUUAAGCUAAGGCCUUCAAUAUAAAUAAAUGGCAUGAAAUGGUGGAUAAGGAUGAAUUGUAUUAAAUGUCAUUGACAGGCCAUUUGAUCAAGGCGAUUCAGUUAUAAGAGGGGAAUGCUACACUAAAUAAUCUAAUAAAUGUUACAGAACCUUACCUUCCAUUUUUGAGAAAGUAGAAUGGAAAGAAUUUUACAGGAAUGGCAACAAGAACUGUGAAAGGUUGUUUGUCUGCAGUUGUUUUUAAAAGAAAUGAUGAAUCAACCUGGUCAGUAGAUGAAACAAAAGUAGAAGAAUUCAUUAGUUAGGCUAAUAGAAAGUUAUUAUAAUUCUUCGAGAAACUACAGAAAAAUUUUCCUAGUUAUGAUAAUAUUAAAAUGGAAAGUAAUGAUAAGAAAAUAAAGAAGAGAAUCAAAAUGGAAUAGAAAAGAGAUGAUGAUUAAUUUAUUGAUAGAUUUUAACCUUACCUAAAUUAGAAACUAGAUCCUCAAGACAAUAUUAAGAUUGAGAAUCAUUAUUCAAAUUUUGAUUAAAAUGGAAGUUCUAGAAUCAAUUCAGAUUGGCAUUUAACCAUAAGUGACAAUAUUUUUAAAAGUUUAUAUUGUUUGAGAUAAGGAGAAAAAAUAGAUGAUCAAUUUUUAGGUAGUUUGAUAGGGUUUUACAAUAUCAAACAUUAAUUAGAAAGAAUGGCAGAAUGCUAAAGAUAUAUUGAUUGA